AUGGAUUCCCCAUGUUUUACUAAUUUUUUUUUUUUCCCCCCCAGAAAACUUUUUGUUGGUGGUCUUGAUUGGAGUACAACGCAGGAAACCCUGCGCACAUAUUUCUCCCAGUAUGGAGAAGUCGUAGACUGUGUGAUAAUGAAAGACAAAACAACUAAUCAGUCAAGAGGCUUUGGAUUUGUCAAAUUUAAAGAUCCCAACUGUGUUGGAACAGUUUUAGCCAGCAGACCUCACACAUUGGAUGGCAGGAAUAUUGACCCAAAGCCAUGUACUCCUCGUGGAAUGCAGCCAGAGAGAACAAGAACACGAGAUGGAUGGCCAAAAAGCCCAAGAACUGAAAGCAAUAAAUCUAACAAGAUUUUUGUUGGUGGAAUCCCUCACAAUUGUGGUGAAGCUGAGCUGAGGGACUACUUCAAGAGAUUUGGCAUGGUGACUGAGGUUGUGAUGAUUUAUGAUGCUGAAAAACAGAGGCCCAGAGGUUUUGGAUUUAUAACUUUCGAGGACGAACAAUCAGUGGACCAGGCUGUCAACAUGCAUUUUCACGACAUCAUGGGCAAAAAAGUGGAAGUGAAACGUGCAGAGCCUCGUGACAGUAAAAGCCAAACUCCUGGACCUGGAGGAUCCAAUCAGUGGGGUAAUAGGGUCGUGCCCAGCACAGCCAAUGGAUGGACAGGUCAACCUCCUCCCACAUGGCCACAGAGUUACAGUCCACAAGGCAUGUGGAUGCCAGCAGGACAGACUAUUGGCGGGUACGGGCCUCCUGCUGGCCGGGGUGCUCCUCCACCUCCACCCUUUACCCCCUUCCUAGUGUCCUCACCUCCAGGAAGUUUUCCUGCACAUCAAGGUUUCCCACCAGGUUAUGCAACACCCCCUCCAUAUGGUUAUGGCUAUGGACCUCCACCUCCUCCCCCUGAUCAGUAUGUCACUUCAGGUGUUCCACCUCCACCUGGUACUCCUGGAGCAGCGCCACUGGCAUACUCUACAGCUCCAGGGCAGACAGCUCAGGAUCUUGGUAAACCUGGUGGUCAACAAGACUUUUCUUUUAGCCAAUUUGUAGGAUAUGGACAGGAUAUGAGUGGGUUUGGACAGAAUUUCUCUGACCUCAGCCAACAACCCCCCUCAUACACGACAGGAACAACUGCACCAGCAUCGGCAGGCCCGCCUGCGGGUGGCAGUGGCUUGGGAAGAGGACAGAAUCACAAUGUGCAAGGAUUCCAUCCUUAUAGACGUUAA